AUGCUGGCUACUCAGCGGUACUACUCCCUGGCACUUGCUGUCUUUCUUGUCACUGUAUCUUUUUCGUUUUUCCUCUUCCACAGAGAGUCAGUAAUAUACAAUGAGCUGGUCCGGUCGCCAUACAGGCAUGACACAACCGCCGCUAUCGAGCCCACUAUAAUCAAGCCCACUAUACGCGAUGCUAUCGUCACACUCUUCGAUUCCAUACGGAUCGACCCUGCCGAUCCUGGAUACCGAGACUCGACCGGAAAAUACUUCGCAGGCGGAAGCAAGACAACAUGGACCGAACCCUUGAAGAAGAAGGUCCUUGUUCUAGACAUCGACACUCGUGUCCCAAUCGGCUCGAACGAAAUCCUCAACCCUGGUACGCUCGACUGGGACUCUCUCGAUAUGAGUGGCGGCCAGCUGGUCUCCAACGCCGUCAUGAACCACUAUCUGUACGCUCAGAUCCACGGCUACGACUACAAGCUCUACUCGGCCCAGUCCAUCCCCGACCACUACAACACCUGGAUCAUGCCUCACGUAUUUCACGAGCUGGUCCCGGACUACGACUUUGUUGUCGCCAUGGACGCCGACGUCACAGUCUCGCAUCUCGAGGUCCCUCUCGAAUGGAUGUUCAACCGCUGGGGCGUAACACGCAAAACCUCCAUGGCGUUGCCCUGGGACACGGAAGAAUUCCACGACAACAAAUCCAUCAGCACCGACAGCUACGACCUGCGCGUCCUCAACACCGGCUUCGUCGUUGCGCAGAAUCUGCCGCUGACAAUGUCCAUACUCGCCGCGUGGAAAGACUGCACGACCGAGACACGGUAUCCCGGGUGUGGAAAGUGGAAACAGAGGUGGAGCCACGAGCAGCGCGCGUUCAGCGAGUACAUACGACACGACCCGGAGUUCAACGUCUCGGCUGAGGCUAUCGUGGGUAUCAGCUGUGACGACGCGGUCGGCUGGCCGGGGUUCAAGGAAGACGUGCAUCGCGAUUAUCCGAUUACAGAGUGCAACGGGAAUUUCUUCAGACAUCAUACGCUGGAGAAGAGCAAGACGAAGGAGAGCAGUGCGGGGAGUGUUAUGCAGGCGCUGAGCCGGAUUCUGCAGGUAGCCGUGCAGCAGAAUCUGAGGGAAGUGUGGUAUCAGGAGCCAGAACAGAAGGAGCCGGAGAAGGAGGUGGGAAAUGUGGAGAAUGUCGAAGAUGAAGAGGAGGGGCAAGACGACGAAGCCGAUACUGAUAUGCGCAGCUUACUGAUAGAACACGUUAACUAA